AUGUUUGCACAUUGCAGCAGCCCGAUAUGGCGGGUUGACGACUUAUCUGCAUGCUUCCAGGCAGACUAUCUCCAAACCCUCUUUCCAUUGCUAGCAUGUGCGGUAUCUCUUUUGCUUCUACUUCACCAAUUCCUUUGGCAAAGGACGAUACGAUUUCACAACCGAUCUCGAGAUCUCCUUGUUGAUACCAGCGAGGACGAGGAGGAUGAGGACGAGUCCGGCAACGGAGAUGACGAUAGCCUUGCCAGGCUGACGUUGCAAAAGACAUAUUCUCAUGGGGGUCACUCAACGAAGGAUGUCAAUAAACCUACUGGUGAGGUUUUCAUGGUCACAUUGGAAUUCCUCCUGUUGUCGGCACAAGUCGCCGUAAAUGUUGUCGCCCUUUUGAACACAUCGGACCGAAAAAGGAGGACUUUGACAACAGAGACCGCCGUGUGGACAUAUCUUCUGGUCAUCGCUGGAGCACGUCUGGUCUCAUCAGCAACAAGGUGGCAAUGUCCCCUUAAAGGCCUCUGGAACCACAGUUCAGCACUGUACAUCGUCCAAUGGCUUUGCCAAGUUUGGGUGUUCCGUUCUGUUCUUGUUCACCGCCCUGGACGGUCGUCUCUGAUCCUGACAAUAGUAUCGUUUGCGAUCACGUGUCUGCUUGUCGUACUCGCUCUCACGGCUCGAAAGGGAAACAAGGGUGUUUUGUUGGAGUACGAAGGAGACAUUGAGCCAUCUCGAGAACCCCUCGCCAGCGUCCUGUCUCUGGCCACCUUUACUUGGGUCGAUCCCAUCGUAUGGAGAGGAUUCAAGAAGACAUUGGAGCUUGCUGAUGUUUGGAAUCUGGCAUUGGAAGAUAAGGCAGAGACUGUACUGGCUCAGUUCCGACAGAUUCGAAAGACUCACUCGCUGGCUGUUCGGCUACUCCUGCACUUUAAAUCUCAGAUCUUGAUACAAGGUGCGUGGUGUAUGCUGGCCAGCGUUUUCAUGUUUCUUCCAACUCUGCUCCUCAAGGCUGUUCUGGAGUAUCUCGAAAACACAGACACAGUUCCUGUUAGUGCUGCGUGGCUGUAUGUCAUACUUCUUUUCGCCACGGGAGCUGUACAAGCAGUUGGGGAUGGGCAAGGUCUGUGGAUCGGUCGAAGAAUUUGCAUUCAGUUACGUGCUAUCAUCAUUGGGGAGAUAUAUUCCAAGACCUUGAGACGAAAGGCGGCGGCAACCGCGGAUACAAAGCUUGGAGAAGAAGCCAAUCCAACGAAGGGAAGUUUUUGGGCAAAGGUCUGGUCACUAUGCAGUGGAAGAGGUCGAAAGCAGCAGAAUGAUGCCUCGAACACCAUUUCUACGAAGACCACCGGGUCUCAAGCGAACAAUGGCACUAUCAUCAACCUGAUGUCCAUCGAUUCCUUCAAAGUGGCCGAAGUCUGUUCUUAUCUCCAUUUUCUCUGGGCAGCGGUACCUGUCCAGCUUGUUAUGGCCGUCAGCUUGCUAUACAACGUCCUCGGGUACAGUUCUUUCGUUGGAAUAUUCGUGAUGAUACUUAUUUUACCACUCAACCUCUAUAUCGCACAUUCCUUUCAAGCAGCACAGAAACGGAUCAUGGCAGCCACGGAUGGCCGAAUUCACGUCACCAAUGAAGUUCUCCAAAACAUCAGAAUCAUCAAAUACUUCGCCUGGGAGCAGCGUUUCCAGAACAAUGUCAAUGAGAAAAGACAAGUCGAGCUAUCUGCCCUGUGGCGCAAAUACGUUUUGUGGGCAUCCGCAGCUACCAUCUGGAGUGGUGUCCCAAUCCUAAUCACCUUCGUCUCUUUUCUCAUGUACACGCGAGUCGAGCAGCGGCCGCUGGUGCCGUCUGUCGCGUUCCCAGCCUUAUCGAUGUUCUCUCUACUACGCAUUCCACUAGACCAGCUUGCCGAUAUGGUAGCUCACGUCCAAGAGUCCAAGGUUUCGGUUGAUCGAGUGGAACAGUUUCUAAAGGAAGCGGAAACGGAGAAAUAUUUGCAAUUGCGCCAGAGCAGACGUAGAAGUCUCCCGACCACCCGGAUUGCGCUUGAGAAUGCCACCUUGACUUGGGGAACAACCAGCGAGGAUGCAACAGAGGCAUUCAGACUUAUCAACAUGACCGUUGAGUUCUCUAUCGGCCAGUUGAAUGUCAUCGCCGGACCGACGGGAGCUGGCAAGACCUCUCUUUUGAUGGCCCUGCUAGGGGAAAUGCAACUGCUCAACGGCGCUGUCUACAUCCCGGGCGGAUCUGCACGACAAGAUCUGCGCCCGGACCCCGUGACGGGGUUGACUGAGAGUGUGGCAUAUUGCGCUCAGCAGGCAUGGCUGGUCAAUGCUACAAUCAAAGAGAACAUCCUGUUUGCCAGCCCUUACGAUGAAGAUCGCUACCACGAGGUCAUUUCAAUUUGUGCUCUGGAACGUGAUCUGGAGAUACUUGAUGCCGGUGAUCAAACUCUGGUUGGCGAAAAGGGGAUCACACUGUCAGGAGGUCAAAAACAAAGAAUAUCGCUUGCGCGAGCGAUUUAUUCGAACUCGAAGCAUAUACUUCUCGACGACUGUCUUAGUGCCGUCGAUGCUCACACGGCCAAGCACAUCUUCGAAGAGGCUCUAACCGGAGACCUGAUGGCUCACCGGACUUGCAUUUUGGUCUCGCACAACGUGGCACUCACGGUCCCACUUGCGAGUUGGGUCGUCGUCCUGGACAAUGGUAAGAUCGUGUCUCAAGGGACGGCGCAAGAAAUUAUCGAAAGCGGUACACUCGGGGAUGAACUAUUCAAGUCACAUCCUGUAUCAAGAGCAAACUCCAGACCGCCGUCUCGCACUCCGUCGAACCUCGAAGAAGAGCGAUCACACUUAUCUGGAAGAACUACGAACGGUACAGCAACCCCAGGUGGGAAGGCCAACAUCAGAACCAGAUCGAAGAUGAACAAGCCCGACAAACAAUUUGUCGACCACCGGCUUGAAGCAAAAGCCACAGGAAGCGUGAAAUGGUCAACAAUACAGAUGUACCUGAAGGCGAUGGGCCCUUGGUAUUACUGGAUUUUCGCGGCGUGGGGAUUCAUAGCUACACAAUUGGGUUCGGUCGCGACAAACCUGUGGAUCAGACAGUGGGCAAAUGCCUACCACGUCCGUGGCGUGCAUACGACACACGCAGCGGUAAAUGCUUUUCAGGAUGUGAAAUCUGUGGGAGCAGCAUCAAAAUUUGGAGGCUCGUUUGUUCAAAUGCCGCAGACAGCGCCUACAUCCAGCAUAUCCUGGGUUUUCAAGUCAUUAUAUGAUGUCGACGAUGGCUACUACCUGGGGAUAUAUGCGCUAAUUGGGGUCCUGUAUGUGUUUAUUUGCUUUUCCCGGGAAAUCAUACUGUUCUGGGGUUCUCGCCGCGCUUCCUGGUGCCUUCACGAGAGAUUGUUGACGAGCAUUCUUCGCGCCAAAUUUCGCUUUUUCGAUUCGACGCCGUUGGGCCAACUAACCAAUCGAUUCUCCAAAGACAUUCAGGCUCUAGACCAGGAAGUUGCUCCUGUGGCUAUUGGCAUGCUGCACAGCGCCGCUGCCGUGCUUACGAUUGUGGUGCUGAUCUCUAUCAUCACUCCAGGCUUCCUCAUCCCCGGCGUUUUCAUCACCAUCAUGUACGUGAUAACCGGACUUCUCUACAUCCGCUCGUCCCGCGACUUGAAGCGAAUCGAAGCAGUUCAACGAAGCCCUCUGUUCCAACAUUUCGGGGAGACAUUGAGUGGAGUGGUCACGAUUCGAGCCUACGGGGACGAGUCGAGAUUCAUCGAAGACAGCCAACUGAAGGUCAACACACAUAACCGUCCAUUCAUCUACUUGUGGGCCACUAACAGAUGGCUCGCGUUUCGGAUUGACAUUGCUGGGGCACUGGUGUCUUUCUUCUCCGCCAUGUUCGUGGUUACUAAUGCUGACCGCAUUGACCCUGGUGCGGCGGGGUUGGCCCUAUCUUAUGCCAUCACCUUCACCCAAAACGUCUUGUGGUUGGUGCGCCUAUACGCUGCCAAUGAACAGAACAUGAACGCCGUCGAACGAAUACAAGAAUAUAUCAACGUCGAGCAAGAAGCGCCUGCUAACGUCCCGGAGACCAAACCUGCUGCAAAUUGGCCCAGCCACGGAGUUGUCGAGUUCAUCGGAUACAGCACAAGAUACCGCCCGGAUCUGGAACCUGUGCUGAGAAACGUGACUUUCAAGAUUGAAGCAGGGCACAAAGUUGGGAUUGUUGGGAGGACUGGUGCCGGCAAGAGCUCACUCGCCCUUGCUUUGUUCCGAGGCCUGGAGGCCGAGGAGGGUAAGAUCCUGAUUGAUGAUGUCGAUAUCGGACUUAUUGGGCUCCAAGACUUGCGCGAGGCCAUCACAAUCGUCCCCCAGGAUCCCACGCUGUUUUCCGGCACGCUCAGGACCAAUCUGGACCCAUUUGAACUCUUCACCGAUGAAGAGAUAUUUACCGCUCUUAGACGAGUCCAACUCAUUUCAGGGGCUCAUAGUGGGUCUGAGGGAUCCGGUGCAACGACACCACUUGAGGCCUCUAGCCGAUCACCAACGGUUCGAGAGGGUUCAAGUCCGUCCCAAAGUCAUGUCUCGUUGUCAGCGAAAGGGACAAUGAAGUCCGACUCGACUCUCGUCCAGAUUGCCAGCAACAGCAAGGAAAACAAAAACAUAUUCCGGGACUUGUCGUCCCCGGUCGCUGAAUCUGGCUCGAACCUGUCCCAAGGUCAACGACAGCUUCUGUGUCUGGCUCGGGCAUUACUGAAAUCACCAAAAGUGCUGGUGAUGGACGAAGCAACUGCAUCGAUCGACUAUGCGACCGACUCGAAGAUCCAGGACACUCUGCGAGAGCUCCACAACAACACCAUUUUGACCAUCGCCCACCGACUGCAGACCAUUAUUGAUUACGAUCGAGUCUUGGUGCUUGAUCACGGAGAGGUGGUGGAAUACGCCGACCCCUGGGAACUGAUACGCAGGGAAGAUGGUCAUUUCAGAGCCAUGUGUCAGACAAGCGGCGACUUCGACACAUUGUAUGAACUCGCAAAGAAAGCGUGGCAGGACAACCGAUUGAUUGAUGAUUCUUGA